UCAGUGUUUUACCUGUCAGCUAUGUCAGUGUGUGAGGAUCUAUUACUGUGUAAUUACCGCAAAUGCCGGGUAAAGCUGUCUGGCUACGCAUGGGUUACAGCCUGUUCACACAUAUUUUGUGACCAGCAUGGAAGUGGUGAGUUCAGUCGGUCCCCUGCUGUCUGUCCAGCAUGUAACAGCACCCUUUCUGGUAAGCUGGAUAUUGUCCGUACAGAGCUCAGUCCCUCAGAAGAAUAUAAGGCCAUGAUGAUGGCUGGAUUGCGGCCUGAACUAGUUCUUGACAUCUGUUCCCGAGCAUUAACUUUCUGGACCUACCAGGUAUACCAGGAGCGCCUGUAUCAAGAGUAUACCUACAGUAAAGCAGAAGGGCACCUGAAGCAGAUGGAGAAACUUUAUGCUCAUCAAAUGCAAAGCAAAGACUCAGAGCUGACAGCCAUGAAGGGGGAGAUGAAUUCACUAAAGAAAAUGCUGGAGGAAUACAAAAGGAAGUACAGCGAGCUCUCAGAAAAACUGAUGGAUCGCAACAGGCAAUAUCAGAAGCUGCAGGGGAUGUAUGAUGCACUGAGGCUUCGCAAUAUUGCUGUGGCUAAUCGGGAGUCAUCAGCAAGUGGAGAUAGAAUUCAACACGAUCCAAUCAGUGGCUUUGGAUUCCCUUUCGGACAUUCUACCAAGUUCCCAGCUGCAAGAACACCCCCUGCAAGAUCAGGGGAUGGAGACCUCCACUCAAAGACAUUCUUCUGCAUAUCCCCCUCAGAGGAGACUGGACACACCAUAUUCUGUUCACCUAGAAAUGAAACCGGCCAAGAGGGAUCCAGGGCCUUCAAGAUUUCAAGGAUGUAACCAACUGUCCUGUGUUUAAUGGAGGUGUGAAUCGCUCCAUACUGUUUUAGCACUACGGUCACGAGUGUUUCUUGUGAAAUUUACAUACAAAAUGUUUUCACUCA